AGAACGUUCUUCAGUGGAACAGGCAGAGCAAAUUUUAACAGAAGUAAAAUAGUAGAAGUGAAGUGAAGGUAAAUUUCAUUUCACGAUGAAGAUCCUUCUCAUCUUUGUCCUCUACCUUAUUUCAGGUCCAGUAAACUGCUCUGAUGUGAUUGGUUACUCAGGAGAAAGUGUCAUUAUAAUGUCUAACAUCCAGUGGUACUCACACGAUAGUAAAUAUAUUUGUAAAGUGAAUAAAAAUGACUGCACUGAUAUAAUACGUGCUGACACCAAACACAAUAAAGUUCAAGAUGGAAGAUUCAUGUUGUAUUCAAACACAAAAAAUUACUUCUUAGUAUUGAUCAGAAAGCUGAAGCCACAGGAUGCUGGAACAUACAGAUUUGGAUUGGGGAAUCAAAGCAACUCCACGGUCAACCUAAAAGUUUAUAAUAAUACAUCUUGUGGGGUGCCAAAAAUAAUGAAUGUUUAUCUUGGGCAGAAUAUCACCAUCAACUGUAACUAUCCAGAGGAGUAUGGGAGAAACACAAAAUAUCUUGACUCAGUGGAUGAUGACAGUAUAAUUAAAGAAAUUCUUGAUACUAACACAAAAUUUCAGAACGACAGAUUCUCCAUAUCUGAUGACAGAAGUGCAAAAGUUCUCAGUGUAAACAUCAGCGAUGUGAGAGAAGAUGAUGAAGUAUUUUAUUUAUUUGGCGCGUGGAAUGGAGGGGGGUCAGUCGAAUAUUACACCUUCUUUAUAGAGAUGUGGCUUCAUCCCACUGUCGCCAUCAGUGUGUGUGUUUGUGCAGCUCUGCUGCUGAUUGGAGGAUUUGUGCUGAUGAGCUACAAACUGAUGCACAAGAAAACACAAAGUUGAAUCUUAUUCUAACACCGAUACAGCCAAUCAGGACACAAAACAGACGUCCUGUUUCAGCUGUUGAACUCAGCUGUUGUUUGUUUGUUUCUCUUCAUGCUUUUUUACAGGACUAAAAUCACCUAAAAUGUC